AUGCAUGCUCUAAAGCGGAACGAUGCGAUUCAGAUUUGCAAAAAUAAGGAACAACCCAAAAAAGUAGCGAAAACCACGAAACCAGCUCAAGGAUGUCAAUGUGCCAAAAGUAAAAAGCAAUGCAUAAAGAAGGAAUGCCCAUGUCGGACAGUCUACGAAUUUUGUUCAGUUAGUUGCAAAUGCUCCGGAGAUUGUACAAAUGGUGGAUCGAAGUUUACAGUGCCGAAACAUGUCCAAAACUGCUUUUUAGAUCAUAAACACGAGAGUAGUGGUCUAAUUGUCACUUUAUUAGGAGAAGAUUACCUCUAUCGAGGAGACUUUUAUCACGAGUCCAAAGGCGAACCUCAUGUUGAAGAGCAGCUUGUGGCCAACAUCUACGAUUUGAUCUCCAAAUACAAUGUGAAUUUGCAUGAAAUAGCGAUUUUCGUGUCGAAAUCGCCAUGUUUUCAUCAAGAUUGUGAUCCAAAAUGUGAAGUGGUGGACGAGUGCAAAAGUAAUAAGGCAUGCGCCAAAUUAUUGGGACUUUUAUUGAGUAAGGUCAGAAAAGAACUAAAGAAAGUUGAUGUGAAAAUGACGGUAAAAUUUCUUUACCCACAUUUGAAUCGUGGUGAUCUCUACACGAAACAAGGCAUCCUGUGCAUGCUGCAAGCUGGAAUAAAGGUUGAACCAUUGUUAAUGAAAGAUUGGUGUGCAAUUAUGGAUUGGUCACCAAAUGUGGACCACAAAGGCGACUAUUUGCAGUUAUGGAACAAUCAUCAUUUGGAUAAGGCUGUUGCUCAAUCUCAAUUAUUCAUUAACGAAUGUCGUCGAGCCCUGGGACUUUCGAUGAAAUUCUGGGUUGCUGAAAUUCAUGAGAUCGUCAAGAACACAAUAAUGCAUUUUUCUGAACUCCGAGUAAAAUGUGUUGACCUCAACGAUGCACUAAAACAGCUGGACCUCACUGCUACACCUCACAAAAUCAAAUCCACACCUUCAAAGCGACGAUCGUUCAUUGACCUCUUGGAGCUCAGGGAUAAACUGAUGCGAGGAUCCACUGAACACAGCAAAAAGAACGGAUCUCAUGUGUCAGUUGCAAGUGAGGACGCCCAAGCCCAAGCUAUGGUUGCUUCAUUCUGUGGACGAAGCUUCGACGAUGGUGAAACGGACGAAAUUGCUCAGCGAAUCAGGCGAGCAACAGCCAAUAUUAACGUGGAGAUUGAGACGCUCAUGGAAUUCCUCACACACAAAGGAGCCAUCUCAUAAAUGACUAGCAUUCUACUUUAUUCUUCUCUCGUAUGACUCCUCUACGCCGUACCUGCCUCAAUCACCUCGUUGGAAAAUGAUUCAAAGUCAUAUAUUCCUUCAUCAUCCAUUAUUUAUAGUACUCAAACUCGCUAGUCACGGUUGUAUUAUACCGAUACCGUAAUCCUGUUGUAAUUUUGAAAUCUCUAGACAAAGAUCUCGUCUUGCAGUGUCGACUC